AUGGAGAAUUUAUACAGGCGGAAAAUAGUACCUAAUCCGCUGUGCCCUCUUUGCAAACAGGAAGCCGAAACAGUCGAGCACACCCUGCUGCUAUGCUCCUGGACGACAAGGAUAUGGAAAGCCGCCCCUCUGCACAUCAAAGUGUCCCGAAUAGGGUUAACCAGGUUCGACGAAUGGCUGUACAUGGUAAAAAAAAACCAAACUAGUGCAAAAAAGUUCGACCUUAUCACGGUUACCCUCUGGAGCAUUUGGAAAGACCGCAAUCAGUUCAUAUAUGGCCAUCGCCCUCUGCACCCACAGCAAACGAUUCUUAAAGCCGAGGCUCUACACGAGAGCUUCUCCACUUGGAACAACAAAAAGAAAGGAGACCAACACAGCGAUACCAUACCUCAAAGAUGGAAGCCCCCAUCCCCUGAAUCGCUGAAAAUUAACAUCGACGCCUCAUUUCUCCCAAGCAGCGAUGACGAACCAGAAUCAAGAGGAUACAGGGGAGGAAGCGAGAACAGAGGAGCCAUAGCCUGCUUGUGUCGCGACUCCAGCGGACGGGUUGUUGAUGGAUUUGCGAAACUAGUGGCUGCGUCCACGACAGAACAUGCGGAGGCCAUCGCCCUUCUCGAAACCCUAAUUUUCCUCUCUAACCGAACUCACCUUUCUUUGGAAGUGGUAUCCGACUGUCUCCCACUCGUGCACAGUUGCAACACUCUCGAAGACUUCAGUUGGGAAGCAAAGUCUACGGUGAGCCGGGCCAGAACAAAAAUGAAGCUGUUUCGGGCCAUUUCCCUGGCCCAUUGCAAAAGGGAAUCAAACCAGCCAGCGGAUUGGCUGGCGAAAGCUUGCAGGAACAAUACUCUUCCACAAAAUUGGCUUCAGAAUACCCCACCUGCCCUGUUUGAUUUACUAUGUGCUGAUGGUUUUAAUGUAUUUUCUCCAUAUAUGACUUAG